GGGUGAGGUCAGCAGAUGGGGGCGUGGUCAGAUAAUGGGGAUGAGGCGAAGGCUCGCGGAGCCCACCCAACGCUCCAGGUGUCCGGCCUGGGCUCGAGACCAAAACUGGACUUAACAGUCCGUGGAUGGCCGGAGUCUGAGAGUCCGGUGACCGGGCUGUGCCUCCUGGCCCGCCCCGCAAUGUGGCUUCCACUGGUCCUGCUGCUGCUGCUCCCCUCUGCCUCCGUGCCCCCCUCCACUGCAGCCCCGAUCCGCGAUGCUGACGUCCCGGAGAGCUCCUCGGGUCUUCUGGGCCUCCAGAGCCUACUGCAAGGCUUCACCAGGCUUUUUCUGAAAGAUGACCUGCUGCGGGGCGUGGACAGCUUCUUCUCUGCCCCUAUGGACUUCCGGGGCCUCCCCAGGAACUACCACCAAGAAGAGAAACAGGAUCGCCGGCUGGGGAACAACACUGUCUCCAGCCACCUCCAGAUCGACAAGGUGACCGACAACAAGACAGGAGAAGUGCUGAUCUCCGAGAAGGUGGUAGCGGCCAUCAAGCCGGGAGAAGGGAUCUUGGAUGAUGACCUGAAGGCACACAAGAUAGAGGAGAAGGAGGCCAUGGUGCCUGUGCCGAAGGCCCAGGACAGCUUCCACCAGGAACCCCAUCCCCGAGUGGCCUUCUGGAUCAUGAAGCUGCCACGGCGGAGGUUCCACCAGGAUGCCCAGGAGAGUGGCCGCUGGCUCAGCGAGAAGCGACACCGCCUGCAGGCCAUCCGGGAUGGGCUCCGUGAGGGGACUCGUGAGGACAGCCUGGAAGAGGGGACCCAGAGCUCCUACCACGCCAAGCUGCCCCCUCGCAAGACCCAUUUCCUGUACAUCCUCAGGCCCUCCCAGCAGCUAUAGGGGUAGGAACCGGGGGACACUUGCAUGUACCCCCACCAACAGACCCCACCCCAAGCACCAUAUGGAAAUAAAGUUUUUUUCUUACAUCUA